GCCCUUCCUGCGGGUGUAGAAAGCAUGGUGCUCACGCUCGGAGAAAGUUGGCCGGUCCUGGUGGGGAAGAGGUUCCUGAGCCUGUCCACCGCCGAAGGCAGCGACGGCCGCCCCGACAGCUGGGACGUGGAGCGCAUCGCCGAGUGGCCCUGGCUGGCCGGGACCAUCCGAGCCGUGUCCCACAUCGACGUGACCAAGAAGGAUCUGAAGGUAUGUGUAGAGUUUGAUGGAGAAUCUUGGAGGAAAAGAAGAUGGAUAGAUGUCUACAGCCCUCUGAGGAAAGCAUUUUUAGUGGAGCAUAACUUGGUUUUGGCCGAACGGAAGUCUCCUGAAAUUUCCGAACAAACUAUUCAGUGGCCUGCAAUUAUGUACAAGUCUCUGUUGGACAAAGCUGGUUUGGGAUCUAUAACUUCUGUUCGCUUUCUCGGAGAACAACAAAGAGUAUUUCUCUCAAAAGAUCUUUUGAAGCCGAUCCAGGAUGUGAAUAGUCUCAGACUUUCCCUUACGGAUAAUCAGAAUGUUAGUAAAGAAUUUCAAUCUUUGAUUGUGAAACAUUUGGAUGAAAGUCAUCUUUUACAAGGUGACAAAAACUUAGUUGGCUCAGAAGUAAAAAUUUAUAGCUUGGACCCAUCUACUCAGUGGUUUUCAGCAACCAUUGUCAAUGGAAACCCAGCAUCAAAAACUCUCCAAGUCAACUGUGAGGAGAUUCCAGCACUGAAAAUAGUUGAUCCAUCACUGAUUCAUGUUGAAGUUAUACAUGAGAACUUUGUGACGUGUGGUAAUUCUACAAGAACGGGAGCUGUAAAAAGAAAGUCUUCUGAGAAUAAUGGGAACGUGGUGUCUAAACAAGCAAAGUCUUGCUCAGAGGCUUCCCCCAGUGUGUGUCCUGUACAGUCUGUUCCCACAGCAGUUUUUAAGGAGAUCCUACUCGGCUGUACAGCCGCAACUCCACCCAGUAAGGACCUCCGGCAGCAAAGCACUCCCCAGGCUGCCAAUUCUCCACCUAACCUUGGUGCAAAAAUUCCUCAAGGGUGUCAUAAACAGAGUUUACCAGAAGAACUUUCUUCCUGUCUGAAUAUGAAUCCUGAGGUCCUGAGAACAAAGCCUGAUGCCUACAAACCUGGGUUACUGCCUUCACAAUUGGCCCAGAUGGGAAAUGGAGAUGUGAAAAUUCUGAGUGAGCCAAAAAAUACCUGUACUCAGCUGAACACAGAUGCUGAUCAGGAAAACAGAUUGGAACCCGCCCUUCAGCCUUCAGCUGGCCUUCAGAAGGAGUGCUUACCUACAGGGGCUGCUUCUAAAACAGAAUUGGAAUUUGCCAAUAUUCCUGAACUGCAGAAGAAUCUAGACCAUACACCUUCUACAUCUGAUAUCUGUGUUGCUCUUCCAAGUCAGCCAGAUGUCAAAACUGAUGUUAACAGUGAUGGCCCUAAGAAUUGUGUGGAAAAGAAGGUAGAAUCUUCACAUUUAGGCUGCCAGUCACAGAAUUUAAAGGACAUGAAGAACCUAAAGGUAGAUAAUGAAAGCUGUUGUACAAGAAGCAACAAUAAAAUCCAGAAUGGCCCGGCCCGGAAGUCUGUUUUGACAGACCCAGCCAAACUCAAGAAGCUCCAGCAGAGUGGGGAGGCAUUUGUGCAGGAUGACUCCUGUGUGAACAUCGUCGCUCAGCUGCCCAAGUGCAGAGAGUGCCGCCUCGACAGUCUUCGCAAGGACAAGGAGCAGCAGAAAGACUCACCUGUAUUCUGUCGCUUCUUUCACUUCAGGAGGUUAAAGUUCAACAAGCACGGUGUGCUGCGGGUAGAAGGCUUCUUAACACCAAACAAAUAUGACGUUGAAGCAAUUGGCCUAUGGCUACCUUUGAUCAAAAAUGUGGUGGGGACGGAUUUAGACACAGCAAAAUAUAUUCUGGCCAACAUUGGAGACCACUUCUGUCAGAUGGUGAUUUCUGAGAAGGAAGCCAUGUCGACAAUUGAGCCACACAGGCAGGUUGCUUGGAAACGAGCCGUCAAAGGCGUUCGAGAGAUGUGUGAUGUGUGCGACACAACCAUCUUCAACUUGCACUGGGUUUGUCCUCGGUGCGGGUUUGGCGUGUGUGUAGAUUGCUACCGGAUGAAGAAGAAGAACUGCCAAACAAGUGCGGCCUACAAGACCUUCUCUUGGAUAAGGUGUGUGAAGAGUCAGAUUCAUGAGCCAGAGAACUUGAUGCCCACACAGAUUAUUCCUGGAAAAGCCCUCUAUGAUGUUGGAGACAUUGUUCAUUCUGUGCGAGCAAAAUGGGGGAUAAAGGCAAACUGUCCCUGUUCAAACAGGCAGUUCAAGCUCUACUCAAAGCCAGCCUCCAAGGAAGACAUAAAACAGUCACCCUUGCCUGGAGAAAAGCCAGCUCUUGGAACUGUGCUGCCGCAGAGUCCUGCCUCAGUGGAGCCAGCCCCCACAGUGGGCGACACAGCCCCCAAGCCAGCCAGCAGUACAAGGCCUGCCUGUCCAGCCAGCACCUCGCCCUUCAGCUGGCUGGCUGACCUGACCAGUGGGAACGUCAACAAAGAAAACAAGGAAAAGCAACCCACAAUGCCCAUUCUAAAGAAUGAGAUCAAAUGCCUUCCACCACUGCCCACAUUGAGCAAGUCUAGUACAGUCCUGCACACCUUCAACAGCACCAUUCUGACACCUGUAAGCAACAACAAUUCUGGCUUCCUCCGAAAUCUUUUGAAUUCCUCAACAGGCAAGACAGAGAAUGGACUCAAGAGUACACCAAAAAUCCUUGAUGACAUCUUUGCUUCCUUGGUGCAAAACAAGACGUCCUCGGAUCUAUCUAAGAAGCCUCAAGGACUGACCAUCAAGCCCAGCAUUCUGGGCUUUGACACCCCUCACUAUUGGCUAUGUGAUAAUCGCUUGCUGUGCCUGCAGGAUCCCAACAAUAAGAGCAACUGGAAUGUGUUCAGGGAGUGCUGGAAGCAAGGGCAGCCUGUGAUGGUGUCUGGAGUGCAUCACAAACUGAACACUGAACUUUGGAAACCUGAGUCCUUCAGGAAAGAGUUUGGAGAUCAGGAGGUUGACCUAGUCAAUUGUAGGACCAAUGAAAUCAUCACAGGAGCCACUGUGGGAGACUUCUGGGAUGGAUUUGAAGAUAUUCCAAAUCGCUUGAAAAACGAGAAAGAGCCAAUGGUGUUAAAACUCAAGGACUGGCCGCCAGGGGAAGAUUUCAGAGACAUGAUGCCGUCCAGGUUCGAUGAUCUGAUGGCCAACAUUCCACUGCCUGAGUACACCAGGCGAGAUGGCAAACUGAACUUGGCUUCCAGGUUGCCCAGCUACUUUGUUCGGCCUGAUCUUGGCCCCAAGAUGUAUAAUGCGUACGGAUUAAUUACUCCAGAAGAUCGGAAAUAUGGAACAACAAAUCUCCAUCUCGAUGUAUCUGACGCAGCUAAUGUCAUGGUCUAUGUGGGAAUUCCCAAAGGACAGAGUGACCAAGAAGAAGAAGUCCUUAAAAGUAUCCAAGACGGAGACUCUGAUGAACUCACAAUAAAGCGAUUUCUUGAAGGAAAAGAGAAACCGGGAGCCCUCUGGCAUAUAUAUGCUGCAAAAGACACAGAGAAGAUAAGAGAAUUCCUUAAAAAGGUCUCAGAAGAGCAGGGCCAAGAAAACCCAGCUGACCACGACCCUAUUCACGAUCAGAGCUGGUACCUGGACCGAUCUCUACGGAAGCGCCUCCAUCAAGAAUACGGUGUUCAAGGCUGGGCUAUCGUACAGUUUCUCGGGGAUGUUGUUUUUAUACCAGCCGGAGCUCCGCAUCAGGUCCAUAACUUAUACAGCUGUAUCAAAGUGGCUGAAGAUUUUGUUUCUCCAGAGCAUGUUAAACAUUGCUUCUGGCUCACUCAGGAAUUCCGCUAUCUUUCACAAACUCACACCAAUCAUGAAGAUAAAUUACAGGUGAAGAAUGUCAUCUACCACGCAGUGAAGGAUGCUGUGGCCAUGCUGAAAGCUAACGAGUCCAGUGUUGGCAGACCCUGA